CGUGUGAAGGCCAGGUCACCCCCGGCUCAGCGAAGCCAAGCGAGGCGACACCCCUACGGCCAUGGCCUCGCUGCUGGGAGCCUACCCGUGGCCUGAGGGGCUCGAGUGCCCGGCCCUGGAAGCCGAGCUGUCGGAUGGGCUGUCCCCGCCGGCCGCCCCGCGCCCCCCGGGGGACAAGGGCUCCGAGAGCCGUAUCCGGCGGCCCAUGAACGCCUUCAUGGUGUGGGCCAAGGACGAGAGGAAACGGCUGGCGGUGCAGAACCCAGACCUGCACAAUGCCGAACUCAGCAAGAUGCUGGGAAAGUCGUGGAAGGCUCUGACGCUGUCCCAGAAGAGGCCCUACGUGGACGAGGCUGAGCGGCUGCGAGUUCAGCACAUGCAGGACUAUCCCAACUACAAGUACCGCCCCCGAAGGAAGAAGCAGGUCAAACGCCUCUGCAAGCGAAUGGACCCUGGCUUCUUGCUGAGCCCUCUCUCCCGUGACCAGAAUGCCCUGCCUGAGAAGAGGAGUGGGAGCCGGGGGGCUCUGGGUGAGAAGGAGAGGGGUGAGUACUCCCCAGGUGCCACCGUGCCCAGCCUCAGGGGCUGCUACCGCGAGGGGUCAGCUGGCGGCAGUGGCAGCACCGCAGGCGGUGUGGACACCUAUCCCUACGGGCUGCCCACACCCCCAGAAAUGUCUCCCCUGGAUGUACUGGAGCCGGAGCAGACCUUCUUCUCCCCGCCCUGCCAGGAGGAGCAUGCUCACUCCCACUGCAUCCCACACCUGCCUGGGCCCCCAUACUCCCCUGAGUAUGCCCCCAGCCCCCUCCACUGCAGUCACCCCCUGGGCUCCCUGGCCCUCGGCCAGUCCCCAGGUGUCUCUAUGAUGUCCACUGUAUCUGGCUGUCCCCCAUCUCCUGCCUAUUACUCCCCUGCCACCUACCACCCUCUCCACUCCAACCUCCAUGCCCAGCUGGGCCAGCUCUCCCCUCCUCCUGAGCACCCCGGCUUUGAUGCCCUGGAUCAGCUGAGCCAGGUGGAACUCCUGGGGGACAUGGAUCGCAAUGAGUUUGACCAGUAUUUGAACACUCCUGGCCGCCCAGACUCUUCCGCAGGGGCCGUGGCCCUCAGUGGACAUGCCCCGGUAUCCCAGGUGACAGCAGCUGGCCCCACAGAGACCAGCCUCAUCUCAGUCUUGGCUGACGCCACAGCAACGUAUUACAACAGCUACAGUGUGUCAUAGAGCCCCAGGGCACCAUGUGCCGCCCUGCCCAUGCUGCCCUCUCCUUCCUGAGCACCACAGGGAGCUGAGAGAAGAUGCAGUAUUACCAACUUUCCUUGAACCACCCUCAGGGCAUGGAGAGGCAUGAACUCCAGGCCCCAAAGCCUUUGUCCUAAAGCUGAAGGGGGUCUUGCUGAUCUAAGUGCCCCUCUGCCCCCUUGCCUGCCAGUUCCACACCCUUCAGCCUGCAUUUUGAGUAUAUUCCUUUAAACGAAUUUUCACUGGUUUUUACACCCUGGGAAUAAGGCGUUGUAGCUGCUGAAAGAUGCUGUUUAACAGUAGAAUUUUUACUGAUCUCUUCCCAGUACCACUUGUUGAGACAAAUGUGUGCAAAGCCCAGCAUUUGCAUCUCUCCUGCUUCCAACAGAGCCACUCUGAGCACAGCAGACUUGGUCUAUUAGGUCCUUCACCUGAGAAGAG